GGAGGAGGAGGAGGAGGAGGAGGAGGGUGUACAGAAGAUUAAGUAAAAGAAGAUACAAACAAUAGUAGAAAAGAGAUUAAAGAUAAUACAAAUACAGAAACUAAAAAUAGAAAAAUAUAAAUAAAUAAAACAUCAAAAAAGAGAAAGAGAGAAUAAGACAAAAAAAAAAAAACAACAAGUGAAAAGAAAGAAAAAGACAAAAGAAAAAGAAAACGAAAAACUAAAGAAAAAGUGAGACGUUGUGAAGUGAAAACACACACACACACACACACACACAUAGUCAAUAGCAAGAUCACCACCACCACCGCCAGCAGGAGCAAUGGACAGCGCUGGUGGGAGGCAGACGAGGCAUGGCUAGCGGGGGUGUUGUGGCGGCGCUGUGGGUGCUGGCCGCGCUCUCCACCCUGCCCGAAGGAACUCAGGGACGCAUCAUUUGCUACAACGGGGGCUACUGCAUCUACAACACGUGCAUAUGUCCCGUGGGUUACUAUGGAACCGUCUGUCAGUUUGACAAGGACGAGUGCGCGGUGGACAACGGAGGCUGCCACCACGAGUGCCGCAACACCCUGGGCUCCUACGUGUGCUGCUGCUCCGCCGGGUACAAGCUGGGGCCCGACAAGCACUCCUGCGUGGAGGUGGACGAAUGCAGGGACCACAACGGCGGCUGCUCCCACGUCUGCAUUAACACGGCGGGCUCCUACGAGUGCCGCUGCCAACCAGGACACCGCCUCCUGCCUGACGGACGCACCUGUGUGCCGCCGCCCACGCCCCGCGCCCGGUGUCACGUACAGAACGGCGGUUGCCACCACCAGUGCCACCAGUCUGUCGGGGGCGUCACCUGCUCCUGCCGCCCUGGGUACAGACUCGCGGAGGACGGCCGCCGGUGCUUCCCUUACGACCCCUGCCGGGAAAACAACGGCGGAUGUGAGGGCGAGUGCCGAGCGGUGGGCGGGGAGGUGCGCUGCUCCUGCCGGCCCGGCCUGACCCUGGGCCGCGACGGCACCUCCUGCUUGGACGUGGACGAGUGCCGCAUCCCCGAGGCGUGUCAACACCGCUGCCAGAACACGUGGGGCUCCUUCCAGUGUGUGUGCGACACCGGCUACGAGCUGGCCGCCGACAGGAGGACCUGCCACCGGCGGAGAGUGACUGACUUCUGUGCGGAUGCUAACGGAGGCUGCGAUCACAUUUGCCUUCACACCCCGGACGGGCCCCUGUGUAGCUGCCGGCCAGGGUACCAACUGAGGCCCGACGAGAGGACGUGCGAGGACGUGGACGAGUGCCAGACGCGGGUAAGGCCCUGCCAACAAGGGUGCAACAACUGGCCAGGAGGGUUCACGUGCACCUGCCACGCUGGAUACACACUCAACCAAGACGGGCACUGCAUUGAUGUGGACGAGUGCCGGGAGGGCGUGGCGCGCUGUGACCACUACUGCCACAACACGGCGGGCUCCUUCCGCUGCUCCUGCCGCAGAGGGUACCUGCUGCUCGGCGCCUCGCGGUGCACCGGAUGCCCCCCAGGUCGGAGCGGGCCCCCGGCGUGUCAGGAGCCCUGCCCCCCGGACACCUACGGCGAGGGGUGCCAGCAGGAGUGCCAGUGCCAAAACGGAGGCACCUGUGACGCCGUGACGGGUGCCUGCACGUGUCCUACAGGCGUGUCUGGCGAGUUUUGUGAAGAUGGGUGCCCGGCAGGGUUUUACGGACGCACAUGUCGCCGGCCGUGUGUCGCAGGAUGCCCCAACAACCGCUGCAACAGGAUCUUCGGAUUCUGCGAGUGUGACCCUGGACAUUACGGCCCCAAAUGCGCCCAACCCUGUCCCGCCUUCACCUGGGGACCCAACUGCAGACACCAGUGCCAGUGCCAGACACUAUCCACCGAGAGAUGCGACCCUAAGGACGGGAAAUGCGAGUGCCAGCCUGGCUUCGUGGGUGACACCUGCGCCGAGGAGUGUCCCGAGGGUCGGUGGGGUCCGGGGUGUGCCAAUGAGUGCCAGUGUGCGGAGGGCGCCCCCUGCCACCCCUCAACCGGCACCUGCCUGCACCACUGCCCCCCAGGACGCAUCGGCGAGGACUGCUCCACGCCGUGCGGGAAGGGACACUACGGCCAGGGGUGCCUCCAGACGUGCAGCUGCGAAGGGGAGGGGGCGUGCGACCCCGUGACGGGCAAGUGUCUGUGUCCCGCGGGCAGGAUGGGUCCCCGAUGCCUCCAGCGUUGCGAGGAGGGCUGGUGGGGCGAAAGCUGCCUGCAUGAGUGCCAGUGCGAGAGUUAUGCCACCUGUGACCCUGAGACCGGGGAGUGCCGUUGUCCUGCUGGCUACAAGGGUGAGGGGUGCGCCAUGCAGUGUGGCAAGGGUCGCUGGGGCCAGGACUGCCGCCGCUCCUGCAGGUGUCUCAACGGCGCCACCUGCCACUACGUCACGGGCAGGUGUGAGUGCCGCGCGGGCUUCACGGGUCACUACUGCGAGCAGCCGUGUGCCCCUGGCCGCCACGGGCCAGACUGUGCCCUGCUGUGCCAUUGUGCCGACGGCGGGCCGUGUGACAGGGUGACGGGAAAGUGCCCCAAGGGCUGUGCUGAGGGUCGCUACGGUCUGGACUGUUCCGGCACCUGCACCUGUGCUAACGGCGGCACUUGCGACCUGCUCACAGGCGCGUGCACCUGUGCCCCGGGGUGGCUGGGCGCCUCGUGCACGGAACAGUGCCCGGUGGGGACGUGGGGCCCGGCGUGCCGGCGGCUAUGUGACUGUGCGGGCGGCGCCUCGUGUGACCACAUCACGGGCGCCUGCUUGUGUCCCCCGGGGAUCCUCGGGCCGCGCUGCGAGGAGGGUGGCGGCCUUCCAGAGCAGCGGUGUCCCUCAGACCGAUGGGGCGAGCAGUGCCAGCACCUGUGUCUGUGCCACAAUGGUGGCACUUGUGAUCGCAGCUCCGGGGCGUGUAUGUGCCCCGCUGGGUACACGGGGCCAGCCUGCAGCGAGAGGUGUCCCGAGGGCACGUACGGCAGCGGGUGUGCACACGAGUGUGGCUGCCAGCACGGGGCGCCUUGCCACCAUCAGACGGGCGCCUGUUCGUGUCCCCCGGGCAGGACGGGAGACUUCUGCGAGCACGAAUGCCAGCCGGGAAGGCACGGCCCUGACUGCCUGAUGGAGUGCCGCUGCAACAACGGGGGCCGCUGUGACCCUGCCACUGGGGAGUGCCAAUGUGCGCCGGGCUGGCGAGGCAAACACUGCAACAAGAAGUGCCACUCAGGAACGUGGGGACAGAACUGCAGCGGCGUGUGUCUGUGUGAGAACAACGCAGAAUGCCAUCACGUGACCGGGAAGUGCCAGUGUGCCCACGGCUUCACUGGAGAGCACUGUGAGAAAGUGUGCCCACUUGGCUUCUUCGGCGAGGAGUGCAAUGAGCGGUGCCAAUGUGGGCCAGGCGAGCCGUGCUAUCACGUGACGGGUGCCUGUACCUGUCCCCCAGGACUCCGCGGCGACCAGUGCCACCUGUACUGCGAGGAAGGCUCCUGGGGAGAGGGGUGCCAGCAGAAAUGCCAGUGUCCUGAGGGUACCCUGUGCAACCCCGUCAACGGAUCCUGCUACUGCCCUUCAGGCCACAGGGGGCACCACUGCAGGAAGAUGUGUCCCCCGGGACGUUACGGUGUGGGGUGCAAGAAGAAAUGUCAGUGCGGCAACGGCGGCGUGUGUCACCCUGAGACGGGGCAGUGCCAGUGUGCAGAGGGCUAUUACGGCCCCACCUGUGCUCUCAAGUGCCUCACCGGCACCGACUCGGCACAGUGCAACCAGACGUGUGAGUGUGAGCACGGCGGCGUGUGUGACGGCGCCGGGGAGUGUCGGUGCCCCGCGGGAUACACGGGGCCGCGCUGCGAGUCUGUCUGUCCCGAGGGAACCUGGGGUUCCCUCUGCGCCUUCCAGUGCCUCUGCAAGAACGACGGCAUCUGCCACCCAGCUACGGGGGAGUGCCAGUGCGGCAUGGGGUGGAUGGGACGCCACUGUGAGCUGGAGUGUCCACCAGGUCGUUACGGACCAGACUGCCGCCUGGAUUGUGCCUGUCACGCAAACAUGACCUGCGACAGGUUCUCGGGAUGCUGCGAGUGUGGCCCAGGGCGCUACGGCCGCUACUGUGAGCUGGAGUGCCCGCCGGGUCUGUAUGGGGUGUACUGCAAGCAGGUGUGUGAGUGCCUCAACGGUGCCACCUGUGACCCGGCCACGGGGGAGUGUCACUGUGCUCCGGGCUUCAUGGGUCCCACGUGCGCGGAGCCCUGCCCUCAAGGUCAUUUCGGUGUCGGGUGUGUUGAGGAAUGCCAAUGUGGGCAGCACAAGUGUCGCAAGGACACUGGGGAGUGCCUAUGUCCACCGGGCUUUACUGGACCCCAAUGUGCCUUCGAAUGCCCGCCUGGAAAGUACGGUCCAGGGUGCCAGCAGGAAUGUGAGUGCCACAACGGCGGCACCUGUGAUCCCGCCACGGGCCGCUGCACCUGCCCGCGAGGCUGGCUGGGCCCCAAGUGCAAGGACAAGGACGUGCCGCGCUUCACCACCACCGCCGAGCACCGGGGCCGCGCUGACAUCCCGGUGGAGGACAGCUGAACGGCGCCCCGGACUAUACUGGGGCGCGAGGACUGGCUUAGGGGCGCUGCGGGCUGGACGAGGCGUGGGCUGCAGUACAGGGCUGCGGGUUACCAAGCACCACACGGGAAACAUGGUGCAGUGUGUGAUGCAGCGAGCAGGAUUCAGAGCAGGAUUCGAAUGUGCGGCAAUGUAUCUUCUGUUCAGGGACUUUACCAGUGAGUCACUCCACCAGCACCACGUGACCACAGAGUCAAGAAAAGCAGCUAGGACCAAGGUACCUCAUGAGUGCCACGUGGAUAUCAGUCUUGAGUGCCACGUCAGGUGCCAUCCCGCCACGUGAAGGGUAAAUAGUGUCAGCCGUGACUCAGGUGACCAGUGCCUCACGUGUACUAGUGCCACGUACAGGUCACAGGGUCAUAUAUUGUAACAAUGCCGUGUACAGGUAGCAGGAUUACAUAUGAGUAACACUAAUACUUUGAGGAACAGUGCCACGUAUACAGGUAACACGUUCACAUACAGGUAAGAGUGCCAGCUACAGAACCAGAGUCACGCACAGGCACACAGGCCACCAUUAUCAGCGCCGCGUACCAUUACCUGCUCCACACUCACGCACCAGUGCCGCUUCCAGAUGUCAGCGCCACAAGCAAGUUCACACGCCAGCUUUUAAUGAGCUAGAUGCCACACAAACGUCCAUGUAGUGCCAAUUACACGUGCCACCUGUGGGUUAGUAAAAUGGCGUGCUGGUGUGCACAGCGUGGAGGACAGUGCCAUGAUGCCAGGUGUCCCAUGAGCCUCGCCACCAGAUUAGUGCCAUGAGGGAAUGCUGUGAGAUGAACUGUCUAACCAAAUAAGUCUUACCUGGCGCCAUAAGAAAAGGGUCAUGCGCCGCUACACACUGCCAUAAAAACGGGAAUGCGACAAGUUAGUUUGGCUGUCUGACCACAUCCUUCCUACCAGAACGGUCGGGCGCUAGGCAGUUCCAUGGAAACGAGCCCGAGGUGCCGUGGAGAUCGAGUACCGUGAUGGUGACCCAGCUGGAGUGCAGUGAGGCGUGUGGUGUGGAUACGUGGGGGUACAUAUUUAAGGCGUGCGAACGGAAAGCACUUACAGAAUCCGACAGUGAAAGAGCGAGUGCCACAUAUACACAAGUGACAUGUGAAGUGCAGUGCCAUGUGUGAAAAUAUAUUAAGCAGUGGCGCAAGACUGUACAGUGAACACCAGCAGCACAGCGUCCCGUGGCGGCGUGCAGGGAGCAGUGACACUUGCAGGAGGCAGCGGUGUGUGAGGAAAGUACGAGUGGUGAGGAAAUGCAACGGAGCCAUCAGUGCCAAGAAAGAGUCAAGAGUGUCAUAUGAGUUUGUGUGUGUGUGUGUGUGUGUGUGUGUGUGUGUGUGUGUGUGUGUGUGUGUGUGUGUGUGUGUGUGUGUGUGUAAAUAGAUUCUCUUCAACUUAAGUUACUACACUGCAUUCUUCUUUCCUCUCCUCCCUCCCAGUCUCCUCAACUUUGUCCUUCCCCAGUCAUGCAGUUAUCCCUUUCUUUUUGGCCUUUUAGUAAAGUCUCUUCUCACCCUAUGAAAAUCCUCCCCCUCUCUUUUUUCCUCCUGACUUCUCUCCUCCUCCCUCUCUUCACUUUUGUCAUUCCCUUGUUCACCUCUUCCUACCUUACCUUUUCUUGCACACUUCUCCUUCCUCCCUUUCUCCCUCCAUUUCCCUUCCACCCCUUUAAUAAUAUAAUACUGCCUUUAAGUUAUUACCAUGAUGUAUCCUGAACAAAAAAAAAAGUUACCAAACUAUC